GGCUAGCUCGUGAGGAUCUCGAAAUCACUAGCGAUGAUUACACUGAUUCACCUGAUUAUGAUGAAUCGGUAAACAAAAUUACUGUGCAAGAUGAUCAAUUCCGAACUCCUCCUCAUCAAAUCACCAGCAACAUAUACAAUGAAGAAAUAUCAAUUAAUGAAAAUAUCUUAAGAAUGUACACAAAUGAUGACGUAAUGAACAUUCGAGGAGAAAGUGGGUUUUCAAAAUUUCUGUCAGUUGAUGAUUAUAUAAAAUUACGGUCAAAAAAUCCAAAAAGGAAAUUUGAAUUACCAAAAGAUUGGCGUAAUGAACAACUGAAAGUAGGUCUUAUUAUAGAAAUUGAGCGAGCAACAAUGGGAAGAAAGUUUGAUGGAAGUUAA